AUGGGUCGUACAAAGAGAGGGGACCUCCCCCAGACCCCCAAACCUUCGGUCUCGGGAUCGCAAACGGGGCCGAUGGAUGAGUUCCUCCACGCGCCAUGCGGCCCGGACCCCAGCUCCCCGACAUCCAAAAUGGCGCCGACCUCGCCAGCAUCUACAUGCUCCACUGCCGACACAACUACACUGGCAGACAUAGGAGCAGAACUGAAACGCAUGGCAAAGAAGAUGGUCACAAAAGAUGACCUCACCCACCUGACUAACAACAUAUAUGAAGCAAUUAAAUCUGAAGUGAACGGCCUGAAGGCCGAAAUUAAAGCACAAGAACACCGCAUACAGCAGGUGGAAAAAAGGGCACAGACCACUGAAGACCACUCUACAGCCACAGACACGGCCCUCAAACGCCAGGGCACCCUCAUACUGGCCAUGAGGCGACAGCUAGAAGACCAGGACAACCGCAGUCGUCGCAACAAUAUCAGGGUAAGGGGGAUACCUGAAUCUCCAGAGGGGGAAAAUAUAG